AGCGGAAAGAAAAUGGCUGCCGCCGCCAGCGGGCGGUGAGGUGUCUGUGGGGGGACUCGGCGAAGUUGAGCGGAGGCAGCGAUGCUGGCCGUACGGCUGCCCGCCCAGCGGGCGCAGUGCCUGGCGCUCUCCGGGCAGCGCCGCGCCAAAUUCACCUACGGGCCGAAGCGUCCUACGGAGCCGCUGCCCCGCACGCCGUGGACGGUGCGCGGGCCGCCGCCGGGCGCGCCGUUGCCUUGGUACUUACGCAAAGUGCCUCCGGUGCGGGAGCAGUUUCCCGAACUCGACGUGGUGACGUACGAGGGGAAGCUGCACCGCGUGCCUUGGCUGGCCGCGCCUCGUCACCCCAAGUGGGAGCGCGGGUGGCACGACCCCUGGCACGACGGCGGCCCCCGCGUGGAGGAGAUGCCCUCUUACAAGCAGCGGCCCUGCUUCAUCUUCCACCAGCGGACUCGCAUGCUGGAAGGUGUAAAGCAAGCAUUGUGGCUAACCAAGACAAAGCUGACACAAGGUUUACCUCCGCAAAUACUUAGCAUAAUCAAUGACCCAGCUAAUCAAUGUGAAAACCAGGAUGAGAGAGUCCAGAAUGCCAUUUAUCAUGCACGCUUCUGGGGUAGCAGUGAGGAGGAUGUACCUAAAGAAACCUAUUGCCCUGUACUUUUAGAAGACUUGCUUCACUUAUGCAGGACGAUGACAGCCAAAUUCCCCUUAUUGGGUAAAAGAAUGUUUGCUCAAGACUACAGAGUGGCAGCUGCAUGGGAACGAGAAUCUAUUCUACUUCAGGUUCGUGGUAUCCACGGGAAGAUUUUGAAUGCAACGAACCUUCUACAGCCUAUAGCCUCCAAAGAUGAGAUAUUAGCCACUGAAAACCACAUUCUAGAAACCUUCUACCCUGUUUUGCCUACAAUUGACCUUCGAGAAGUUAAUGCAUAUUACAUAAAAAAUGAUACAGGUUUCCGAGAAGGGUACCCAUAUCCUUUCCCUCACACUGUGUACAUUGCUCAGUGUGACAAAAGACAUAAAAGACAUAAAAUGAGGCCACCACAGCUUCAGGCGAAAAUGAUAAUGUUUGCUUUUGGGAAUGCUCUGGCCAAAGCAAAGGAGCUAUAUGGGGAUGAGCCCAUGGUCCUGGAGAACCCCAUUGUUGUGCAGACUGUGGCUACAGAUGGCCAAUGCUUCCAUUUCCUGGUGUUCCAGUUGAAUACAACAGAUCUAGACUCUAGCAAUGGUGUUAAAAACCUGGCCUGGAUGGAUGCAGAUCAUCUUCUGUAUGAGGAUUUCAGGAGUCGUCCAGUAAUCAAGAAGAAAGUUGUCCAGAUUCCAGCUGGAAUACAUGGCUAUCAACCAGAUACAUUCAAGAAGUUACUGGCAUUGUACUUGCAUGGUGUCGUGUGAGCAGAGCUCUGCCUUCGUUUCCUCCUGUAAUGCAUAUGCUUACUAUGCAGUUAAGGGUUAGAGAGUAUUUAAUUUUUUUUAAAAAAAUAAAGUUUCUUUAUAUAUAAAA